AUGAGAUCUCUUUUCGUCCUUUUCGUCGUCUUCAUUGCUUUGGUUGCUCUCUUCGGGGAUACUGACGGAGCUCCAUCUCAUCACAAAAAACACUUAAAAUGCACUGAGAAAUUGUACACUGCUCUGAGAAGUCUCUGCAGUUAUCGAGGAGAAAGUGAAUUCCUCCGUACAUCCGCUUCGAAAUGCUGUCAGAGCAACUGUGAUCUCUCUGAGAUGAUGACAAUGUGCGUCGUGGCUCCAAACUUCGAAGACGAUAUUAUCUCAUAA